AUGGAGAUCACAACGCUGUGCGCCCUUGUUGCGUCUCUGACGGUUCUUCCGGACAGAUCCCAGUUCUUCCAGUUGGAGUCCAUCUCUCUGAGCUGUGAGCAGCAGGGAAGCUCUUCUGGGUGGACGGUGAUGAGGAACACAUCCAUAAACGUAAACCAAAAGUGUUCCACAUACGGGACAGAAAUACCUGAAUUUGGCUGCGUAGUCGACGACCUUUUCCCAUCGGACAGUGGAGUUUACUGGUGUGAGUCUGGAGCCAGGGAGUGCAGCGACACCGUCAGCAUCACUGUGACAUUUGAUUCUGUGAUUCUGGAGAGUCCGGCCCGUCCAGUGAUGGAGGGAGAAGCUGUGACUCUUCGCUGCAGACACAAGACGAGCUCGUCCUCCAGUCUAACGGCUGAUUUCUACAAAGACGAGCUUCUGAUUGGGAGCAGCUCUACGGGAAACUUUACCAUCACAAAUGUUUCCAAGUCUGAUGAAGGACUCUACAGGUGCAACAUGUCCGGAGGUGGAGACUCACCGAGCAGCUGGCUGCUUGUCAGAGGACUUCCUGAGUCGCCCUCGUCUGCCUCUGCACUCGUUCUGCUUCCUGUGGUGAGCGUCUACCUCUCACUGGUCUCAGUGAUGCUGCUUUGUCUCUGCAGAAGCCACAAAGGUGAAGUCGACCCUGCAGCCGUGUUGUACACCAGCACACGGACGCGCAGCAACAAAGCUGAGCCGCCGAGGACUCGCUCCUUUUUAUUGACCUCUGUAGCUACGUACAGACCUGUUAGACGGACGUACAACCCACACCCUGUGUUGACCUACAAGCCCUGCAGCUGACGACGGGGAACCUCCCACCGGGUUCUGAUGGCUUUUAGGUUCUUUAUUCCAACUGUAUGCUCAAUAAUCCACAUGCAAACCACAGAGAAACCUCGGCGUCAACCUUAGAAUAGGAAAAUCAUCAUUUACUGUCACACACU